GUCCUGCGCAUGAUUUCCUGUUUACCGUAAUAAUUAUAACAUUUACCAGAUUAACAGCCGAAAUAACUCUACCGCUUAUUCUUUAAACGUUCAAACGCUUUCAAGUUUACGUCGUUAAUUGCUUUGGUGCUGUUGGGAGGUGGGGUGGGUGGUUUUUUUUUGGGUCACAAAUGUCGACCCGAUUUUCAGCUGUGCCCGUGCGCCAAAUGUUGCGACGUUGUUGCGUUAAUUUUUAUUACUAAAAAAAAUUAACCGCGGCUCAUUGUUUAUUCGCCUUAACGAACGACAGCCGCGACGAGGGAGAACACGCGAGGUGUCCCCCCGCGCUGCUGCAGGGGUCGGCUACACGAGCGCCGCCAUGGGGGAGGAUGUGCCGGGCCCCGUGGCUGUGGUGGACUUCACGUUCGCGACGAGGGACACUCCACCGCUGAGCGUCCCGGUCGGCCUCCCGCUCGCCUGCCCCAUCAGCGACCUGCACAGUCGCCUUGUGCACAGCCACGCGCUGCCCUGCUAUGCCGAGGACGAGCUGCGGCAGGCGCUGCGGGAGUUUGUGCGCGACAAGACGCAGGAGCUGUACGACCAGAGCGGAGAGCGGGCGCUCGAGGGCAUCGCCCUUGCCUCCGACGAGGAGGUGGACGGCCUCGCGCGCGCCUGGGAGAAGGCCUUCCGUGAGACCACGGUGCAGCACGUGGGAGCCGAGGAGGCGCGUGCAGACGAGGAGUUCUCGCGGGCGUACAGCGCUCUCAUCCACUCGCCCGUGUCGCACACGCUGCUCACGUUGGAGCACCACUACUGCGUCAGCGCCGCCGAGAUGCUCGCCGAGCGGGAGAUGGCCCUGCAGCAGCUGCGCGAGAGGCAGCGCGUGGAGAUGGAGCGAGCCAUGCAGGAGCUGGGCAAGUCCCUGAGGGACGAGGAUGUCAACGUUCUGGCCGUGCAGCACUUCGAGACGCAGCAGGCGGUGGAGAGCAAGUGGAACGUGGAGCUGAAGCAGCUGAUGGAGCUGCAGAGGCUCGAGUACCGCGAUUGGAUCAUGAAGGUGCAUCAGGACUCGAGUACGCCGGACGGCAAGGCCAGCGGCGACGACGUGGCGGGGCUGGCGGGGCAGCCGCCCGACGCCGAGAUGGAGGACGGAGUGGCGUACGAGGAGCACCGGCGGCUGGAGGAGAGCUUCACCAUUCACCUGGGCGCUCAGAUGAAGACGAUGCACAACCUGCGGCUGCUGCGCGCCGACGUGCUGGAGCUUUGCCGCCUGCGCGCCGGCUCGCAGGGCGACACGCGGCCCCGCCGACUGCACAUGGCGCUAUCGCUCUACUCCUCCGCGCUCUCGGGCCUCGUGCUACUCGUGGACAACCGCAUCAGCUCCUACAGCGGCAUCAAAAAAGAGUUUGCGAUGGUUUGCCAGCAGUCAACCGAUUUUCACUUCUUGGAACUGGAGCAGCAGAUGAACGACGUUCAGGAGGUGGUGUUGGCCGUCAACACGUUUCACGGCAAGGAUAAGAAGACCACAGAGUCCUUUGCCCGGAACGGAGGCGCGGAUGACAAGAAAAACUCGGAGAAGAAUCCACAAAACAUCUCGCCAGGGGAGUUCUACAUCACGCGGCACUCCAACCUCGCCGAGGUGCAGGUGGUCUUCCACCUGUGCGUUGACGAAGGCGCUCGCUGCGGCGCCAUCACGGCUCGGGACCCGGCCAUCAUGGGCCUGCGCAACAUCCUCAAGGUGUGCUGCCACAACGACAUCACCAACAUCACCCUGCCCCUGCUGCUCGUCCACGAGAUGUCCGAGGAAAUGACCGUCUCGUGGUGCCUGAAGAAGGCGGAGCUGGUCUUCAAAUGUGUGAAAGGGUUCAUGAUGGAGAUGGCCUCGUGGGACGGGGGCGUCUCGCGCACGGUGCAGUUCAUCGUGCCGCAGGGCCUGUCGGAGGAGGUGUUCUUCCAGCUGAGUGCCAUGCUGCCCCAGAUCUUCCGCGUCUCCUCGGCUCUCACCCUCACCUCAUCGCGGCCGAAGUGACGGAGGGCCUCCCGCCCCCCCCCCCCCCCCCCGGAUGUGUUUUCGGG